UAAGGGGCAUUUAGUGAGCUCUGCACACUUCGGCUGCUCUCCUUGUUUGUGAAGAGGGUUUAAAAAAAAAGGAAAGGAAAGGAGCCCCAGAUGCACGACAGAGAGGUCUAGUCAUUUUCUCUCAUCAGCACUCCUGACGCUGUACAGUAAAAGCUGUUUCCAGGGAUUACGCUGUGCAUGCUCUUCUGCUUAGUAACAACCUAUUUCCUCAGCCAAGAGACACUUAUUUGUGCACCUCUCUUAAGUGGCUGCUUUCCAGAGAAACCAGGUAUCUUCUCAUCCCCUCUUUGCCAAUGUUAUCACUGAUCAAGAAAUGUAGCUGAGCAUUUCUUUCCGAAGAACUUGAUCUGCAACAAAUCCAGCGAUGGCCAGAAAUUGCUCUGGAUGUAAAGAGAAGAGGCCUGCACACAGUCUGUGUACCAAUUGCAACCGGUGGCUGUGCAGCUUGUGUACAGAAGAACACGGGCAUGGCCAGGAAGCAGGAGAACAUUUCAUGCCUGCAUCAUUGAAGGGCUGCUCCGGUGGCGAAGGGGGAGCAAGUGAUUUUGCCUUGUUUUGUCCUGUGCACAGUCAAGAGUCACUCAAGAUGUUUUGUGAGACCUGUGAUGUCCUUACUUGCCGCUGCUGCCUUUUGACUGAUCAUAAGGAACACAGGUUCAGGUACCUUCAGGAAGCCUUGCAAAACCAGAGAGUCAUCCUGGAAAAUGUAACAGCUAAAGUGGAUGAGAAGAAAAGUGCAGCACAGGUCUCAGCCAAACAGAUUGAAGACAGAUUGUUUGAAGUAAAACACUUGCAGAGGAAAGUGGAAAAUCAGAUAAAAAUGGCCAAGAUGGUCCUGAUCAGUGAAAUAAACAAACGAGCAAAUGUCCUUCUGGAACAGCUAGAGAGAAUCACCAGUGAAAGAAAGCAGAAGCUGGAACAACAACUUCAGGGCAUCAUGGUAUUAAAUAGGCAAUUUGAGCACGUGCAGAACUUCCUCAGCUGGGCAGUGUGCAGUAAAAACAGUGUUCCAUUCCUCUUCAGUAAAGAAUUGAUCGUGUUCCAGAUUCAGCGUUUACUGGAAACAAACUGUAAUACAGAUGUGAGUCCUCCUUGGAAGGUCAGAUUCACGUGGGACCCAUCUUUCUGGACAAAACAGCUUUCCAAUUUAGGUCACUUGUCAAUGGAGGGGGGACAAGCCCCUCCUCAUUCAGAGGGACCAGCCUAUGGAAGUAUGCAAGGAAUGCAGCCCUCUUUGUACCAUCAUCAUGGUCAUCACUCACCAGUGCUGCAGCAUGAGCCUCUCAAUAAUCAAUCCUACCAGUUUCACACUCCGGUUCAUUGCCCCACACCUGUGUGCUGCACCCAUUGCCUUAACAUCCCACACAUGAACAAAGGGCAGCUGGCUCAACAGACCCUGAGCCACCCUCAGACCUUCCGGCAACCUCCAGAAAUGCAGCAGCACCAGCAACAUUUCCCUCUGCAGUACAGUCUGCAGCAUCAGGAAAGAGAGCAGAGGUGCAUGGCUCGCCCCAUGAAAACAAUGCAGCCUUGUUUAGAGGCCAAAUCUCACCAGGAGCAUGAGGGUGCAUCCUCCAGGAUGGGGAAGCAUCUGCAAGAUCAAGCCACUCACCAGCCAACAUACCCCAUUUAUCCUCUUCCGCCACAGGAGGUUCCCCAAGAUCAGGCUGGCCAUUCCCAGCAGGGGCCUGUGCAGCCUCCUCUACAGGUGCCAACUGUGCAAGUCCAGCUCAGUCCUCUCCAGAAGGUGAAACUGAACCACGUGCCAUCACAGCAGCAGCAGCAGCAGGAACAGCCACCUCCGCUGCAGCAACUGUCACCACAGCCACCGCCCACCGCAGGCCAGAAUGAGAAAGCUCAUGGACAAGUGAUCCAGCAGAGUUUGGACAUCAUGCACCACCAGUUUGAACUGGAAGAAAUGAAGAAAGACUUGGAGCUGCUCCUUCAGGCUCAGCAGCCAAGUCUGCAGCUGAAUCAGUCCAAACAGCCUCAGCAUGUGCAGCAAACCAUUGUGGGUCAGAUAAACUACAUUGUGAGGCAGCCAGCUCCAGCUCAGCAACAAAGUCAAGAGGAAGCACAACAAGUUGGUGAAGAUUCCACUGAGCCUGAAGGUCAAAAGCCAAUCCUUCCCCUUGACCAAAAUGUGAUUCCACCUGUGUCAGAGCCAUUAGAAGAAGCCAUUGUCCGUAUUCAUUCCCCAGAGAAUACUUUGAAUCCAGUGAGAAAGCAUUCAGGUUCACUGAACAUCGUGGGUUCAUCAAAUGCUUUAGAAAUGGAGUUGUCCUCAACAAGAGUAUCCAGGUCAUCUGAUCUACAGACACAAGAUGCCUCCGCUGUAACCUCUGGCCAGUCUCAAAGUGUGCCACAUGUCCCAACUGUGCAGUUGGAACCGGCACCAUGUUUCAGCCUGGCCUUGGACAGAACUAUAAAUGACUCAAGCUUUGAGAAUACAGAUCACUUAUCAACAGGUGCCAUGUCUCUGGGGAGUGCAGUGUGUAAGCUUGAAAAGGAAGGCUUUGGUCCUGUGAAUUAUCCCCUUGGAUGUGACCCUGCUAUGGUUGAGGCAAAUGACAGUAAUGAGUUAGCUCUUCCAGUGGAAAAUAUUCUGGAAGAGCCAAUUAAUCUUUCAGUUAAGAAGACUCAGCUGUGUGCCUCCCCAAACAUCUAUACCACCAACUCUUCUUGCCUACAGCCCUCUAAUGCACUGCAGCCAAGACAUAUUGAAGAUUGCCAUAAGUGUGAAGACCAACAUUUUGAAACGGAAAUUAAAAAUAAUCAGAACAACAGAGCUUGUGCCAAAGAGGUGAAGAUCCCUUAUGUGUGCCUGGAGCGACUGAAGAUAUGCACAUCAGAAUCUGGAGAACUUCCAGUAUUCAAGCUGCAGCCAAAGAAGAAUGAACAUGAUGGGACUUUUCUGUUGAUAAUUGAAUGUGGUACUCAGUCUUCAAGGAUGGCUAUCAAGGUCAAUCAAGGGAAUCCACAAAAUGUUGUCAAUCAAGGAAAUCCACCUAUUGCUAAGGUCAGUCAAGGAAAUCCACCUAGCAAAGGACUAAAUGCCAAGCCUAAGACGACAGAGGACCGAAGAAUCCUUUCAAGCCAACCAGCAGAGCAAGCACUGCCUUCUUCUGAGGAUCAUAGGCUCAGUAACAGCCUGAAGAAAGCUGUGCUUCCCCAGGAAAACAACCCCAUUGAGAACGAGGACUUUUGUGCUGUUUGUUUGAAUGGAGGAGAACUGCUGUGCUGUGAUUACUGCCCAAAGGUGUAUCACCUAUCAUGUCACGUUCCUGCCUUGCUCAGCUUUCCUGUAGGGGAAUGGGUAUGUACACUUUGCCGCAAUGUCGAGAAGCCAGAGGUUGAAUAUGACUGUGAAAACACACGCUGUGGCAACACACUAAUGCAUGCAAGAACACUUUAUGGCCUUGAUGACAAUGAUCAGAAGAAAUGUGAGAAACUGGUACUUUCACUGUACUGCAAUAGUCUGAGCCUACCAUUCCAUGAACCAGUCAGUCCCCUAGCUCGUCAUUAUUAUCAGAUCAUCAAGAGGCCUAUGGACUUAUCCACUAUCAGGAAAAAACUCCAAAUAAAUAACAAAUUCCACUACUCCACCUCUGACGAGCUGGUAGCAGAUGUGCGCCUUAUGUUCUGGAACUGUGCAACAUUCAAUUAUCCUGAUUCAGAGGUUGCUGAGGCGGGACGAUGCCUGGAGAUAUUCUUUGAAAGCAAGCUAAAAGAUAUUUACCCAGAAAAGCAUUUCUCCUUGAUGCAGCAAGAUGAUUCGGAUUCAGAGGAAGUGGAGCACGAGACUAGCCAGGCAGCUUCCAAGGAAUUCCAUUGGCCUUCAUACAGACAAGAGUGUAUCCAGCCCAAAAGAAGGCGACGACACGCUGAAAGUGAAAAAACGAAAAGACCGAUGUUUUGGCCAGCUAAAGGACUUUCUCAGGUGUGACCUGCACUGGUGCUGUAAAGAACCCAAAAUAUCUUUAAAAAUAAAUGACAGUCAUAAAAAAUGUUGGAGGAAAUAAGAACUUUCACUUAAAUACUUCACUUAAAUUUCACAAUAGUGACUGACCAACUUGACUUCAACACCCUUUGAGAAGAUUACAUUUUUAAUCAGUCCCCCACUGUCCUUUCUAAUAAUUUGUAUUCACACUGAUGGUUUGGUCAUAUGCAAUAGCAACUAUUGAUAAAAUAGGAUAUUUGUUAUUCUGGUUUUUAAAUUAUUUCAUACAGUCCUUUCACUUCAGAGGUCAUAACUAACAACAAUUUAUUAAUGUUACCAUUACUAGUAAUGUUACCAUUACCACAAGUUUAUAUUGGAUAAAAAGGGACCAUUUUACUCUAGGUAGCAGUGUUUAUGUCUGUUGUGUCCAUAUUGAAUGAAAUGAAUUCAAAAUAUAUCUAGAAUGAGAAAUGUACCUCCCAGCUCCAUAAAGUGACAGACCUGCAUACAAGAUCUAUCCCUUAGUUCUGGAAAUUAUGUCUAGUGCCUUCUUCACUCAUAUGAACUGGAGGAUAAUCAUGGGCUGAAAUGGUUCAAUAUUUCUUAAGUGGGUUGGAAGUCCAUCUGAUGCCACUAAUAGUUGAGACCAUACUUGUGUCCAAUGUAUGCCUUUGUAUGUAGUGCAGAUGGGGGCUGAUUAUGCAGCCUGUCAUUGUACAUGACCACAAGAGUGAUCCUGCUACGGAAUUUUUUUAAACAUGCAGCAUAAUUUUUUUUCAGGAACUUUUUCUUACUCUGCAAUUUGAGCACUAAAGUAUCAAAUUUUAAGGGUAAGAAGAUCUCAUGCAGACAAACUGUAUGGAUUAUUAUUGCAAAUACAGUUGUUUCAGUCUAUAUAAGACCUGAAGUUCUUAUCAUAAUGCCCUGUCCCAAUCACAAAACUUCACUGUGAAAUUUCAGCUGUGCUACAUUCUUUCCAGUCUGGCAUUCCUUUACUUAUGUUUAGCCUCAUUCCUGAUCUCAAAUGAAAUACUGAAAAUAAAAAAGGGUGACAUAGGGUGGAGUUUCAUCUGGUUUUCAUCCAGCUGUUUAAAAUCAAAAUUAAGUCCCUAGUGAUAUUCCAGUUCUGCUACAUUUCCUAUAAAUAAUAAAAGAUUUUAAGCACAGUCUAUAUGAAUGUAUCAAAUAAGGUAGACAUGGAUGUUAUAGUAGAUAACACUGUAAGUGAGAGUUUACAGAUUAGCAAGAUCUUCCAGUUGUCCAUGUUAAUAUUGACAAAAAUGCUGUAGAAAAGAUGUUGUCUCCUUUGCUAAUGUAUAAUAAAACCUUCACCUGAAAAAAAAA